AAGAGUUUCAUUACUUCAAAUUUAGGGUUUUGUAAGGCCCCAACUCCCAACCAUCAUAUCCCUCGUGCUCCAUACUUUACAAAUCAAAUCCCUUCUCCUCACAUUUACCCUCUUCAUGUGGGGCAUGCUUUCUCCUCCUUAAAUUUCCCUCUCUCAACCUUCAUGAUCAUCCAAAUCCUCUAAAAUACCUCGGCUUUUAAUUUAACAAAAUAAGUUAUCAAACUAGCCGUAAAUAUAUGGAUCUCAUGUAUGUACAUGCACGUUAGUUAGGUUGUAAUAAUUUUCUUUGGUAUUUAAUGAGUUUGUUGAAAGUAUCAUGAGAAAGAGAAGUAUUUAAAUCCGUUUUGUUUGAAUUGUCUUGGGGCUUCUUUUUCUUUUUCUUUCUUUCUAUCCAAUAUGGAUAUGUUGCUUUGUGAUGAGGAUUGGCUCUCGUGUUCAACUGAUCAGACUCGUGAAGAAAACCACCGUGCAGUGAAGCAUGGUGGUUUCGGUGGAAGGGUCACGAGUUCGAUUUGUUUAACUAUUAUGAUGAAGGAAGUUGACGAGCAGGCCGUGUCGAUCGGCAUGGAGAAGGAGAUGAGUUACAUGCCUGAACCUUAUUAUAAGGAGUUUCUUGAAAGUAGAGAUCUUGUUUUUGUGAGGCUUAGAUGUAUUCAAUGGAUUAUCAAGUGUAGAAGUCGAUGGGAUUUCUCCCAUGAAACUGUUUUUCUUGCUGCAAAUUAUCUCGAUCGCUUCAUAUCUAAGAACAGAUGCAAAGAAUGGAAGGAUUGGAUGGUUGAUUUAUUGGCUGUUGCAUGCUUAUCCGUAGCCUCCAAGUUCCAUGAGACAUAUCCUCCAACUUUAACUGAAAUUCAGAUGGAAGAUUAUUGCAUGGAUCAUCACGAUCAUGUGUUUAAACCAAGUUGCAUUGAAAGAAUGGAGAUGAUAUUAUUAGAGGGAUUGGGUUGGCAUCUGUGGUAUCCAACACCUUAUUAUUACAUCCAACUCUUGGGUUUGAAAUUGGAGUGUUUUUCCAUUGAAGAAGCUCAUCAAGAUCAAGAAGAAGAAGCUCAUGCUAAUGAUGUUUUGAUGGCGAAGAUCAAAGAGUUUGUUGUUGAAGCUUUGUUAGAUUAUAGAGCCAUCCAUUUCAAACCAAGUCUCAUUGCUCUCUCUUCAAUUUGCUGCUCUUUAGAUUCGAUUCCUCCAAUCAUCAACUCUCAAUCUUCUAUAUCAUAUUUUAUGGGCCUCUUCAAUCAACACCAUAAGGAUGAGAUGAUGAAAUGUCGAAGCAUAAUGGAAGGUGUGCAUUCUUCUUGCUGCCCUCAAAGCCCUACUUCAGUAUUGAUGAAGGAACCAUAGCAACAAAACCAAACGCAUAUCAUUUCUUUACAUUAAUAAUCAGCUUCUCAUUUUAUUUAUAGAUUUGUAUUUUCAAAGUUUAUGUUCACUCUCAUCUAGUUUUCUUUUCUUUGUUUGUUUUUUUUUUAAAAAAAAACAUUUAUUUAAUUUCAAAAAGAAAAACUACUCUUUGAAAUUAACUUUCAAAAGGUGGAUGGAAAAAGCAAAGUAAAACCUUAGAACAUAAGAUUUUUAAGCUUAAAUUUUAAAAUAGGAAGAAAACAAAAAAUUGAUUAUUAAAUGAUGUACAUUAUUAUAUGACAUCUUAUUAUAGAUGCUGUUUGUUACAAA